AACAAAUUUGACAGGUGUACGACGGUCCACAUUUGUCGUUUUGUUUUGCUUUGGCCACGAAUUAUGUCGGGACAGUGUUACCAGUGUGGAUCAGGGUUCGGGAGGUUUAAAAAAGAGUAUGGAUGCAAAAACUGUGGGUUUUCAUUCUGUGGUAAAUGCUUAACAAAGAAGGCUGAAAUCCCGAAGUUAAAGAAUGAAAAACACAGUGUUUGCAACAAGUGCUUUGAUGUCCUUACUGGGAAAGUCCAGCCUACAAACCCUAGACCAGUGUCUCCACCAGAGGCUUAUAGAAAGAGAAUGGCUGCUCUACAAAACCCAUCUGCUAAAGUCACAACUCAACAGCCAAUAGCAAAACCAGCUUCCAGACAAAGGGACAAGAAUUUAUCCAAAAAAGAUGCCGAAAUUGCAGAGCGGCUAGAAAAGCUUCAAGCAGAGAGAAAGCCCAAAGGCCCAUUACCAUCUGACGAUGAACUCAAUUCGAGAUUGGCAAGGUUAAAAGGAAUUGAGCCAAGUACUGAUCACACCAGUAAAAAACAGAUGUAUCACCCACCUGACCGUCGCACACAGCAGGAGCAGAUGAAUGACCUUCUGGAGGAGAUUGGGGAUGAGAUAGCUCUGGAUUCACGGCUGCCUGACCCUGCUGUUGAGGUGGAAUACAGGCUGGCCCAGCUGAAGGGCUCAGAGGGGGCAGAGGCUGGAGCUAGCAGUCAAGAGCAGUCCGAGAGCAGUAGGAAAACGAUGAAAGGUGGAGAGGGAAAUUUAAAUAUUGUAAAUAAUCUAGACAAAGGUGGAUCGCAAAAGUCCCUGUCUUAUUCCAAAAACAUCAACAUAGACGGCGAUGGACAAAGUAGGAAGAAGCCGUACAAGGACAAUGAUAAUGUGGAUUUAGAGGAGAUGAAUCAGUUAAUAGCACAGACAGCUAAGGAGCUGGAGAUAGAUGCCCAGAGGGCUAUAGCAGGGCUACAGAAAGAUAAGGAAAUCAUGGAGAAGCUAAGUGAAAUAAAGCGAAGGAAGAAGUCCUCCCAAGGUGACUCUGAGGAAGAAGGGGAGGAGAAGAAGCCAGACAAAGCAGUGGUGGAGAAAACCCUCAAGUUUAACAUAGCCGCUGAUGAGGCCGAGGAUAGUGAGGAAGAAGAUGAGGACCAAGCAACAAAAAAACUGAUAGCCAGGUUGUUGGAGGAGAGUAAGCUUGAUGAGGCUGCCUCAGCAGAUGGGUAUUCACCAGCCGAACUCAUUGACAAGAAGAAAAUCAAACAGUCCCCUAAAAAGUCCAAUGUUCCAACUCGUCAGGAAGUUCCAGAGGAGCAAGAAACUGAUGAACUGCCUUGGUGCUGCAUUUGUAAUGAAGAUGCCACCCUUCGUUGCCAUGGCUGCGACCUAGAUCUCUACUGUGACAAAUGCUUUCAUGAGGGCCAUGAUGCAUCAUUAAACCACAAGACAUCAAGGUACACAAGACCUAAGAGCUUGGAGGGCCUUUAGCCAUUGUACACACGUUUACGUCGAUGGAAUUAAGACAUCAUGUCACAUAUUAUUUAAGUCAUUAUCCAGGACUUUAUACUGUGUAAGGAAUGUCAUGUACAUAUCUCAUUGCUAUUUAAUGGCUUCAGCAUUUCAUUCAAAUCUGACGUCGCGCUGCAUUAUCUCAGUCUUUGAAUCAUGUUGCCGUUUUUGUAGAUUUUGCUGAGAUCAUGUAAUGAAAUCAACAAGUCUUACAAUAGGUAUUUCUCAACUCCAUGUGUAUAUUUUUCAUGCAUUAGUAUUAUCACACUAUCAGUCUGUAUAAAACUGAUAAAAAUAUUAUAGUAAAUGUACAUCUUAAUACCUUUUUUUAGUGUUUCUCCAGUGUUGUCCAUAAAAGGUCCUUUAGGAAUUUUGUUACAAUUUACAUUUUUCCUUCGCUUUGUUUUAUUCUUUUACAUGCAUAUGCAAAAGGGGGGUUGGUAGGGGGAGUUGAAUUAAAUUUUUUUUUAGUGAGUAUCUCAGUAACUUUUAGAGAUUGCUCUGUAUCUUGAGGUCUAUGUGUUUUCUUACCAAUAACAUUUUCCCUGUUUUAAGGUUGUAGCCUUUGCUGUUGUAUUAUUUGAAUUAAAAUAUAUCAUAUAAAGCAAAUUAGCCUCCGUGGCCAAGGUGGUUAGCAUGCCAGCACAAUGAUCCAGGAGCCGCUCAUCAAUGCGGUCACUGUGUUUAUUUAUUUAUGUAUUUGAUUGGUGUUUUACGCCGUAGUCAAGUACUCAAGAAUAUUUCACUAAUAUUGCAUUAUGGUGGGAGGAAACCGGGCAAAACCUGGGGGAAACCCACAACCAUCUACAGGUUGUUGUCAGACCUGCAGUCACUGGGGGUUCAAGUCCAGCUCAUGCUGGCUAUUUGGGAAGGUCGGCAAGUAACCUGCGGAUGAUCGUGGGUUCUGCCUGUUUUCCUCCUACCAUAAUUCUGGCUGCCGUGGUAAAGGUGAAAUAUUCUUGAGAAUGGCAUAAAACACCAAUCAUUAACAUAGGUCAGUAUAAACAAAGUUAAUUUUAUUCUAAAAUAGCAUAAAUCUUAUUUUAGAAUUUUAUUCAGUGGUAAUGGAGAAUAUGUACAUUUACUUUAACACGCAUGUGCAUUUAAAAGUGAUGUAAUUCUGGCUUUGUCUUUCAUAGACUGACAUGGUGGGUAAUGCUGACUAAUUCAAUGAAUUCAACUAGCAUGGCAUCUAUGCUGUGAAGCAUGGCAUGCCUGUCUGCUAACACAGUUUAUAUUCAGCUGGGAACAUGAAUUCAUGCCACUACAAAUAUCUCUUUACAGGUAGAUCCAUUAUAGACAUAAUUAUGAAAGCUGAAUUUUUGUCCCUGCUCUUUUCACCCACAACAGACCCUUGGCAUUUUUUUAGAACUAAAAAUAAGGUGUUGUAUGUUAUUUCAUUCCUGGAAAUGAUGCCUUCUUAAGCUGCAUAUUUCAUGUGAAAAUACACGGUGCUUUGGUGUUGUCUUAAGCUUCAAGCUGUAUCAUUUCUGUAUUGGUUAUCUUUCUCCCAAAGUGUAAAACUGUCAUUAACACAUUGUUAAAAUUGUCUGGUUUUGUGUAAGUACAAUGCUGUAACAGUGUUUGUUAACUUGGCAUCUCUCGUGUGUUAAUGAAACUAUUGAUACACAUGUAUAAGUGAAGUGUACUAGUUACAUGGUGAUGUUAAGUGUACAUUAUGUCUGUAUUAUUAGAUGUAUUAUUAGCUGUAUUGUCUGCAAUAGCAUUAUGCAUUGCGCUACAUGCGUGACUGGUUGAAAGUUUGUAUUGACUUCUGAAAAAAGGAAAAGAAGAGGCCAGACAUAGUCUUGUCUAUUGGGUUUAGUGCACGAAUUAGACACAUUUAUGCAAGCGUUUUUGAGAUCUUACGAAGACAAAAUGCAGGGCCAUAUCUAAAGGUGUAUUGGUCCCGGAAAACAUUUGGGCUCCCAAACUAAUCACGCUGUAUUAAAACUAGCAAGUACAUUGAACAAAAAUAUGAUGGUAAGGUUUAAAAAUAAAAAGUUAAGUUUGGGGUUAGAACUUUCAAUUCUUUUCUAGAUAGAACCCUGAAAUGCUGCUAGUUUUAAUUUUUCUCAUACUUGCUGUGACAGUAGUCAGAAGGAGUUAUGAAAAACUGCACUUCAGCGUUUAAAAAAAAACACAACAAAGUACGUUUAAAGCUCUUUCAAUGAAAGCACCAUGACAGAAGGUCGUAAUAACAUGAACAUGUAGUCAACCGACUUUCAGGACUUUUCAGUUUAUAGUUCAUCUUUGGACUACUGGAAACAAAGUUCAUAUUGUACACUUGGCAUUGUAUAUUUGUGUGUUACAUUGACUAGGAUUUUACAUCAUUGUUUUUUAUCAUUCCCAGAAAUUUAGCCUCAGGUUCAUUCCAUAAUUGUCUUGUUUUUUGUCUUAAUAAUGCAAACUGCUGCUACUAUAAUUAGAACGUAUUCAAUAUAAAAUUUACAAGUUGACUCAAAGAAAAUGUCACAGUAAUGGGAAAAGGUCUCACCAUUAACCUUAACUGAAUGUUAAUUCAGUCAUUGAUAUUUCCAGUCAUUCACGUUACACUAUAUUUUGUGUAGAACAUUUCCAACACAAUGCACACCAGUCUCAUAGACUAACUUGAUACCACACCGGAGAUAGGUUUCAAGCAUAACACCAAGUUGACCUGAAUUUUAUCCAGGUAACUAAAAAGAGGGAUUUACAGAAUGUUUGGCAUGCAAGCGUAUCAUUUUUCAACAAGAGUUCGACAUUUAUCAUGUAAUGGAUAUACAUGUAUGUUUAUUGACCAUUUAUCUCCCAGCUGACUGAAAUGAAAGACGUGUGUGGUAUGACGUUUAGCUAACAAUUCCACCACAAUGUUUAGUUAAAAGGCCCAAUCCAUUUUAGCCAAAUUAGACGUCAUCAUAUCAAGAAGCAACAAAAUUAUUAAAUUCGCAAAUUGCAACAGAGUUUUUGUCCGUGUGCAAUGAGUUAUACGAGUCUUCUGAGUUAUCUAGCUGUACUUGAAUGCAUGCCAAAACCCUGUUUCAGAACAGAUCAAGUACACAGCUGUGUAUUAAAAACUAAAACUUGUUGCGUUUUUGUGAACCAACAUGUGAACGACGUACAAACAGUAAAAUGCUGACAUAUUUUUCCUUAAUAUCUGCUGUUACAACAAUCACAUUUUCAAUCAUUUAUAUUUUCUUUCAUUUCUGAUGUAUAUUUUUAUUUUAAAAGUUACAGACUGUAAAUGUUAUCAGUCAGUGUCAUCUUAAUGUGGAAGGAAAUGAUAAAGUUUACGUUUAUGUAUAACCUUGUCCGAGCGUGAAAAUCGAAACAAAAAAUCAAAUGUAUGUGAUAAAAAUUACGGUUGUGCUGCAUGUUUAUGAUAUCGUGACUGUGGGUAUGUAUUUAUUACUAGAAUGUCUGCCUCUCAACUUGCUACAUCUGUAUGUAUAACGAUGCAGAUAACAGUUUAAUUGACUAGCUUUAAUUCUGAACGUUUAUUUAUAUGUCUGACUUAUACGUGUAUUAUUAAAAGGAGUUUU